GAGUCAAUUUACAGUUUGCCAUUGAACCUGGUCGGGCGUUCGCCAAAAAAUUCGAGCGGGUGAAUUUUGCAGUAGUGCUCCGUAGAUAUACCCCCAUCAAAAAUCAAUCCCUAUAAUGUUGCUGCUCCAACUGGGCUCCGUGGCCUUGCUCUUCUGUUUGGCCAGUGGUGCCUCCAAUUUUCCUCCCGAGUUGCCUCGUUGUCGAGUGGGCGACACUAGCUGCAUCAUCAGCGUCUCCCACAUGCUGAUCCAACAGUAUGCCAGGACUGGCUAUCCGGCGGCAGGAUUCCCCCAAGUGGAACCCUUCCUCAUCAAGCGUUUCGACAUCUCCGAUGGACGCACUGGCUCCCUAAAUCUCAAGCUCAACUUCAAGGAUGUGAAUGUGGAGGGAUUGUCGGGAGUGAAAUUCGAUAGAGCUGUAGGUUUUGGCGCCGAUCCUGCCACCAGCAAGUUUGAGAUGUACGGAUCGUUUCCCAAAAUCGUGCUGAAGGGCAAGUACGUGGCCGACGGACGCAUCCUAAUCCUGCCCAUUCGCGGUGAUGGCGAUGCCGAGAUCGUCCUGCACAAUCCCAAGUUCUCGGUGAAGUUUAAGCCGGGCACCCAGUUGAAAAAUGGACGUACCCAUUUGAGUGUGGACAAGCUCAAGGUGCUGGUGGAGCCACAAAAGAUGAAUAUUCGACUGGCGAACCUUUUCAAUGGCGACCAGGCAUUGGGAACCAACUUGAAUCAGUUCCUCAAUGACAACUGGACGGAAGUGUGGAACGAACUGCACCCCUCCAUUCACGUGGCUAUUGCCGAGAUCAUGAAAAGUGUCCUAUCCCAACUAUUCAAGCGUUUCGCCUACGAAGAUCUGUUCCUGGAGAACUGAGCCCUAGUCCUUUCAUUAGGCUAAGUGUACGAGUACUUCCUCACCAGCAUUCCAAACACACACACAUGAACCAUGGGACGUUGCAUUCCGGCCAUUGACAUAUCAUCAUAUCAUCGUAUCUGCUAAGCUAAGCUUUAAAUUGUAGAAUAAACAAACCUAAUAUGAAAA